UCAGCUGGCCAGCCCCGGCGGGUCAAAGUCCGCUAAUCUCUCGUCUUUGCGGCGUAAAGAUGGCGAAUGUGGUGCUUGAGUUUAAGGCAUCUGCCGGAGACUCUGAGCCCCAAAACCGCCCGGUGCUUGUCGUCGGACAGCUAAGCAACCUCCAGCAACUCUCUUGGGCGCAAGUGAAGGGGAAACUGCAGCCAGUCGUCAGCAAAGAGACCUGGCAGUCCGCCCUGAGCACCCUCAACCCGAACCCGACUGACAGCUGCCCCCUCUACCUGAGCCAUGCCACCGUCGCGGCCCUGCCUUCCCGCGUCAGUCGCCACAACAGCCCCUCCUCCGCCCACUUCCUCACCCGCCUGCUCCGUACAAGCCUGCCUGGAGGAGCCAGCCGCUGCAUCCUGAUGGUGUGUGAGCGGUCUGAGGUGUUCGCCUCGGCCUGUGCCAUCGCCCGGGCCUUCCCCCUGUUCUCCCGCCGGUCUGCGUCCUCCCGUCGGACAGACAAGAAAACGGUUGCCGUGGAGUUCAUCACCGUGGGCCAGGACAACGGACCCCUGGAUCUUACCACACUGGAGUGCCUCUCCCAUGCAGCAGAUGGCGUGAGACUGGCAGCACGCAUCGUGGACACCCCUUGCAAUGAGAUGAACACCGACCACUUCCUGGAGGAGAUCAAGGCAGUGGGGAACGAGCUGGGCAUCACUCCCACCAUCAUUCGGGGGGAGGACCUCAAGCAGAAGGGCUUUGGAGGGAUCUACGGGGUGGGGAAGGCGGCGGAACAUCCCCCGGCCCUUGCAGUACUGAGUCACACACCAGAGGGCGCCACUCAGGCCAUCGCCUGGGUGGGCAAGGGGAUCGUGUAUGACACGGGCGGACUCAGCAUCAAGGGAAAGACCACCAUGCCCGGGAUGAAGAGGGACUGUGGUGGAGCGGCAGCCAUUCUUGGAGCCUUCAAAGCGACUGUCAAACAGGGCUUCAAGGACACGCUCCACGCCGUCUUCUGUCUGGCGGAGAAUUCAGUCGGACCCAAGGCCACCCGACCCGAUGACAUCCACACCCUCUACUCUGGAAAGACCGUGGAGAUCAACAACACGGACGCUGAGGGCAGGCUGGUGCUGUCGGACGGGGUGGUCUAUGCCAGCAAGGACCUCUCUGCUGACAUCAUCCUGGACAUGGCCACCCUGACCGGGGCCCAGGGCAUCUCCACUGGGAAGCACCACGCGGCGGUGAUGACCAACAGCGAGCAGUGGGAGGCGGCCUGCGUGCGGGCGGGGCGCAGCAGCGGGGACCUGGCGCACCCCCUGGUCUACUGCCCCGAGCUCCACUUCAGCGAGUUCACCUCCGCCGUGGCGGACAUGAAGAACUCCGUGGCCGACCGUGAGAACGCUCAGAGUUCCUGUGCUGGCCUCUUCAUCGGCUCCCACCUGGGGUUCGACUGGCCUGGGGUGUGGGUCCACGUGGACAUCGCCUCUCCCGUACACGCGGGGGAGCGUGCCACCGGGUUUGGGGUGGCGCUGCUGAUGGCCCUGUUCGGCCAGGCCUCCGAGGACCCCCUGCUCAACCUGGUGUCCCCCCUGGGCGCCGCCCACUCCCCGGCUCGCGAUCCGAUGGAGCGCGACUGCAAGAGGAGGAGGCUGGUCUAACGCGGGUUCCCCUCCCCUGACCUCCACCGGUGCCCCUCCCCAACCUCCACCCUCGUUCCCCUCCCCUGACCUCCACCGGUGCCCCUCCCCCGACUUCCACCCCCAU